AGAAAAAAUAAUUGCAUAUGCAAUAAAGCAAUGAAAAUGAAAAAAGGAAAAUGUUGUUUUAAAGAGGCAGGUAAUAGCAAAUUCCUGAGUGCAAGCCCACCAGUAUAAAAUGUCGGAAAAGUAAGUUUCAUAUAGGAAACAGUGCGCAAUAACACAUGGUUAACUAAAAUUAUUUCUAUGAGCUUAGAACGGAACGUAGUCAAAGUCAAGACGAAGAUUGAGCUCGCAGAUUUGUUUGGGUUCCAUCAAAUGAAUACGGUUAAGGUCACCAUAAAUGUGCGUUACGUAUUCCCAUAGAAGUAUGUCGAAAUUAAGCUAUUAUCUGGAAGUUCUGUGACACGCCAUAAAGCCAUCAGAGGAGUUGGCAGCGCGCCACAGCCGAAUAGUGACAGAAACGAAGCCCGUGAGUCAGCGGUACGCGGAACCUGUGUGCGGCGGCGCGAUCGAUAGAUACUGCACCCCGCGCCCGCCGCCCGCCUGCACCUGCCGACAGAGCCCACAGCCCUAGCGAGCCGUCCGCCGCACGACAAAAACACGCGAAUUAUUCUUAAAAAUCAACGGAUCCAGAAAAAACAGUGCUUUCAUCACAGUCAAUUUUAGCAGCCGCUACCAGUUCAGUGGUUCAAGGUCGCGUCGGCCGACGACCCCGGUUAAGUUAAGGAGAAACGUCUACCUCAUAAAGUAUCGGUGGUAUACGCCACUGUUUAUUAUUUGUGUUGAUCUGUGAAAUUUUAUUUUUAAUUAUUACGUAUAGUGGGCAAGGUCGUGCGUUUGCCGUGCACAAAUGUUGAAUCUUUAUCAUUGGAAACACGCGCGUGCUCCGCGGCGGUACACAACAAAGGAGGUUGCGCUAAUCGCUUUUCCCUGAUUUCUUAUUACCUUGGAUGUGAAUAAAUCUGGUUAGCGAUGGCGUCCAAAGUCCUAGUGCCAGCUGCCCCGUUCACAAAGCUACAAGUGAAGAAGUCGCCUCCGGAGCCGACGAGCGGUGGCUUCAUAAUCGGCGGGGACCCGGCAGCCAGGGUCGCGCACCUGGAGCACAGCGUCAGGUUCCUGCAGGAGCAGCACCGGCUCAUGCUUAGCGGCCUCCACGCCGAGAUCGAAGCGUUGAGGGAACGGAACAGAGAUUUGCAGUUCCAACUCAUAUUCAACAAGGAAUCUCCGCCUAAAGCCAAUUCACCGGUCGAGGAGCCCGUUGAAAGCAAUGAGACAAAGUUGAAACGCGAGGUGACCCGGCUGGAGCGCGAGGCGUCGGUCGCGCGCGGCGAGGCCAAGUCCGCGGAGGCGCGCGCCGAGCAGCUGCAGAAACUCGUCGAUGCACAGACCGAGAAGCUCCGCGCGCUGGAGACGCGGUCGCCGUGCGGGUGCGGCGCGGCGGAGUCCCGCGGCGAGCUGCGCGCGCGCCUGGGCGAGGCGGAGCGCCUGGUGCGGCGCCUGCGCGCGGACGCCGAGCGCCAGCGCAGAGAGGUACUCGCGCCGCCCGCGCCGCCCGCGCCGGGGGGCGCCGUCACUAACCUCUUGUUUGACGGCGCGGCCGCGCGACACGCACACUUGCAGUGCAUGAAGAACUCGUUGCACGCGAGCCUGCGCGCCAGCGGGCUCGACGCGUACGGAUACCAGAACAACUACCACUUCCCGCCGGUACACACGCCCGACUUCUGGAGGGAGCCGCUUAGAGAGGAGUUCAACAUGGUAGGCUCGAGAGGGCGCAGCAGCCGGCGGCCGCUGACGCUGCCCGAGCUGUCCGGCCAACAGAUGCACCGCUCUACAGUGUAUGCUAAUCAUCAUACGCGACCAAGAGCCAACGGUCACGAGAAGAAUAAAAAGGGACACGCAACGAACGGGGACGCGAACACAAACACUAAAACACCGGAUGAGGCCACAGAAGGACGACUUAGAUCAAUAUACACGAGCGAUAUAUCGAAAUCCGACUAUAGUAACACUGGCUCAAAAGCCACGUACCCAGAGUUGAAAAUGGUUGUGACAAAAUUAAUAUCGAACAGUCAGGCGAGUCCGGGCGAGUCCCGCGGGCGCGCGCGCCGCACGCACACACGCAAGCACGCCGACCACACGUAGACACACACGCGCAGCCCGCCCUCACACAGCCCGCCAGCGGACAACACAACCCGACACACAUCGACGAUAUUUAGCACUACUCCUAACGACAUAAGGUUCAAAUUUCAACUAGAGAGAACGAAAAAGAGUUUCGACGUUGAAAUUGACACUUUAUGCCAAUUAGAUAUGUACCAAAUGAGAUUGAUUAUCUAAUCUGCCAUGUUAUCCGCUAGUGAGCGCAGUCAACUACCGCUUCCAGUCAAUUUGGUCCAACGGAAGAAUAGUACAAAAAUCCAUAUAACCGUUGGACCUAACCAAAACAAUUCCAUUCAGCUUAAUAUGGAAACAAUAAGUGCGAGGCAAGGUAAAGUACAAGUACAGAUAUGUAUGGGUAUAGGACAACGUUCAAUGCGUUUUUGACAGCAAUUAAUAUAGCAAUAAACGAUUGUAACCAGCAAUGGUCUUGAAAUACGGAUGAUAGGGAGUAUAUUAAAAUUAUAGAAAAAUGUAUUGUCAACCAAUUAAGUAGUUAUCUUCAAAAAAAUAAUAUAAUUAACGAGUGCCAACACGGUUUUUUACAAGGGAAAAGUACAAACACAUUGCUCACAAAAUUCACAGACCAAAUAAACAGUUACCUAGAUGACAAAAAAUUUGUUAUAACAAUAUUUUUUGAUUAUAAAAAAGCAUUCGACACUUUACAAUUCGACACCAUCCUAAAUGCAAUGGAGGAGUGCGGAGUGAGAGAACCACUGAAUCCAUGGUUUCGUGAUUACCUCACUGCGCGCUCCUACCGUGUGAGGGUGGAAGAUGCGCUCAGUGACAGAGUAGAAGUGCGGAGUGGGGUGCCGCAGGGCUCGGGAUGUGGACCAAUUUGUUACCUUAUGCACGUUAACAGCUUGUGCCGAGUGCUACAGCAUUGUUCAGCGUAUAUGUUUGCAGAUGACCUGUGCAUACUUCGCUCCGGAACUAACAUUGAUGAUACCUACCAGCUAGUGCAACAAGAUAUAGACGCGGUUGUUAAUUGGUCGCACGACAAUGGCAUUAUAUUAAACGCCAGUAAAACUAAAUUAAUGUUGAUUCAUUCGCCACAUUUGCGACCUCAUAGUGUAACUCCAUCAUUAUUUACUCACGAUUACUCAUGUCACCAUAAUAAUUUGCUGAACUGUAAAUGUAAACCUAUCGAAAGAGUUGACUGUGUAACCUACCUUGGCAUGAAAAUAGACGAGCACUUUUCCUGGUCCCAACAUGUAGAAUACAUUUCUAGUAAAUUAAGAAUAUUGUUAAGUAAAAUGUACCAUCUAAGCUUUAAAGUUCCUAUUAAUAUAUUAAGGUGUAUUUAUAUGUCACUAGUCGAUUCCAUUUUAAAUUAUGCUCUUGAUAGUUAUGGAUUAACGUUCAAAACUAACUUGGAUAAAUUAGAAGCUCUUCAAAUUCGAUUUCUAAAACUACUUGUCACUAAAAAAACUAAAAGCAGCUGUAAAGGAGAUUAUAGAAAAUUAUUCAAAAUAUGCAAAAUACUACCGAUCACUUUCAAACAUAAGUACCUGAUUUUAGUUAACCACCAUAGUAACCAAAAGCAUAACUUAAUUCAUGUCUACAAUAACCAUAAUACACGAUCUAUGGCUGCUGGUAGAUUCAAUGUACCAAGAGUUACCAACUACUUUGGUGACAGAACGCUAAAUAAGAGAAUACCGUAUCUAUUGAACAAUCUGCCAGCAGAUAUAAGGAAUGAAACAAAUACAAAUAGAUUUAAACGUAAAUUAAAGUUAUAUUAUUUAGAAAUAUUAUGAGUCGUACAUAUGUGUACUGUAUGUUUAUGU